AUGGAGAAUGAAUGUAACUGGGAGCAAAACACACUCAUCAAUGAACUAAUUCAAGGGAUGGAUGUCGCGAAGAGAUUGAAGGAAGAGUUGAGAACACCGUAUUCCAUUGACACGAGGGAGUUGCAGAUGCAGAUGAUACUAUCUUCUUACGAAAAGGCUCUGCGAAUUCUAAGAAGUAAUGAAUCAACUUCUAAGUCACAGACUGUGAGUCCAGUCAUAACUUCGUUACCUCAGUCUCCGGUGUCUACCAAUGGGAGUCCGCUGAGCGAGGACUUUGAUGCGACCUUUCAAGAUCGCAAAGACGUUAAAAACAAAUCAAAGAAAAGAAAGGUUGGGCCCAAAUGCAUUGAUCAGAUAAGAGUGAGCUGUGAAAGUGGCCUUGAAGGACCGCACGAAGACGGCUUCAACUGGAGAAAAUAUGGUCAAAAAGAUAUCCUUAGUGCUAAACAUCCAAGAAGCUACUAUCGGUGCACCUUCCGCAACACACAGAACUGUUGGGCGACGAAGCAAGUGCAGAGAUCAGAUGAAGAUCCGACAAUAUUUGACAUAACUUACAGAGGAAAACAUACAUGUUCUCAGGGAAACAAUGCCAUUGUGCCAUACAAGCCACAAGAGAUUAACAAUGCCAUUGUGCCAUACAAGCCACAAGCGACUAACAAUGCCAUUGUGCCAUACAAGCCACACAAUCAAAAUAAUGAUAUUCACCAGGCACGACAAUCACAAGAGCGCUUUUCAAACUUCAGCAACACCUUGAAUGUGCAAACGGAGAACCUUGGAAACCAAGAAAUGGCACGUCCUUUCACCUUCCCUUCCACUUCAUUUGGAUACACAGCGCAAGAAAACCAAAGCUGGGUUCCCUCAACUUUAGAGAACGAUUCAUUCUUGAGCAGCCUGUUCCAAACACACUUGUUAUCUCCAACAACACCAGAAUCAAACUAUUUCUCAUCUCCAACUUUCAACAUGAACGAUUUUGAUGGGUUCUAUAGCAUGCCUCUUUCAGAAUCCGAUAUUCCGGAUAUCAUUUCCACCAACACGUCAGUCACAAAUUCUCCAAUUCCCAAUUUUAAUUUUCCACUUGAUCCAGUGGAAAUUGAUCCAAACUUCCCAUUCAAUACUCCGGGAUUUUUCUCAUAA